AUGGCUCCUCUCUUCGCCGCGGCGUCCCGCGCGUCCCUCCUCCCCCUCGCCCCCCUCGACCGCCCCGCCGCCGGCCGCCUAGCCCGUGGCACCCUCAGGCCCCACACCUCGAGCCUCCGCCUGCGCCGCCCCCCAGGGGCAACCGGGCGCGGCCGCGGGCGUGGCCGAGGGGGCGUCCCCGACGAGUGGGGCGAGCGUUCGCCGCCGGGGCCCCCCGAGCCCCCCGCGCAGCCCGAUCCGCCCAUCGACGCCGACGAGUGGGGCGGCGACGACGACUCACGCCCUGUCGUCGCCGACGAAUGGGGCGAGCCCGGGGCGCCCGAGCCCGAGCCGCCCUCCGCCGCGGACCCGCCUAGCCCCGCCGCAGACGACGAGUGGGAGGAGGAGCCGGAGCCGCCGGCGCCGGCGGAGGCGGAGGAGGACGAGCAGGCGGUGAAGAGGGAGGAGCUCAAGCGCUGCCUGGUGGACACGGUGUACGGCUCCGACCUCGGCUUCCGGGCGUCCACGGAGGUCAGAGGGGAGGUCGUCGAGCUAGUCACCCAGCUCGAGGCGGCUAACCCCACUACGGCGCCCGUCGAGACACCGGAUCUCCUCGACGGCAACUGGAUCCUCAUGUGA